CUCCAGAAGUUGCUGGAUGAGAAGAUCAAAGAACUGGCAAAGAAAACACAGGAACUGGAGGAUAAUGCUCCUCAACCAGAGAAUGGUGAGUUUUAUUUAGCCUUUGCCAUUAUAGAGUCUGUUUUCAGUUGAACAGACAGCUUUUACCAUUUAGGCCCAGCCUGCUCAGUAUUUCUCUGUAUAUGAUAUUCCUCAAACUGUUUAGUUUUUUUUUUCAGUUCUAAGGAUCAUUGCAAUACAGAAUGAGAUCUUGAACCUGCAGAAAGGAUUUACCAACGGGACAAACUUUGACCAGAUUGCUGGUGAGUAGCAGGCGUUCUGAAGAACAUAGGAGUCACUGUGUGUUCAGCACGUAAGACCAAUACAAAUAGUUAUCAUGUUUCCUCAAAGGGAUAGUCCUUCACUGGUAGACAUAUAGGAUGGUGUGAUGGAAAUACACUGGAUUUUGCCCAUUCAUGGAGUUUUACAAUCCCAUUAUGCUUGUAACAUUCAAGCUCUUCAAUUAUUCUUGUCCACAGCGCUUGAGAAUGAACUGGAUGAAUUGAUUGCCACAAUCGAGGAGAAGAACAAUGGAAACUGUAAACAAAGUGAGUUUGAAAAGCCUAAUCAUUUCUGGGUUGGCUGCUAUCGUGAUUUGGAUAUUCUACUUUACUUCAAAUGUUGAAUGUUGUGACAUCCUGCAUCCCCCUGCUCAUUUAGUUUUGCAGAUCAUUGCACUCCAAAAUCAAGUCACAAGAUUACAGAGGCAAGAAUUAGAGUUCAUUCAGACAUCUGAGGGCAAGAUUGCUGGUGAGUGCUAUUGUAAUUUUUCUUUAUCCUCAGUAAUAGUCUUAAAGUCACGCUGGAGAGUUUAUUAUCCUUAUAUUCACCACUAAGAGCUUUUUGUAGGCAUACCGAAAGAGGAGAACAUUUGAAAUAAUGUUUGUGUCUCAUAGAGCUAGAGAAUCAACUACAGGAGACGAGAGACCAGCUGAAUGAAAAGAAAGAGGAGCUGAAAGAAACAGGCAGUAGAAUUCCACAACUCAGUAAGUUGUCAAGCAUGUUUCCAGGAGUUUAUCUAGAAUCUAGAAGUCAAUAAUUUCUACAUUUUUUGGACACUGACAUCUAUUUCUGAAUGAUUCAUCCAGAGUGGCGUGCUUUUCUUUUUUAGCUGCAGAGAUCAUGGGACUUCGUAACAAAGUGACAGAGUUAGAGAGAACAUUAUCAGAGCUCAAACAGACAAGUGCUGACAAGAUCGAAGGUAAAUUGUGCUUCAUUGAAAUACUAUUGAAAGUCUUGUUGCGUUGAUGCAAAUAAAACAUUUUGUUUAAAGUGGACGCUAUUUUAACACAGGGUAGAUUAUAAUUGGUAAGAUACAGUGCAGUCGGAAAGUAUUCAGACACCUAUGAGACUCAAAAUUGACCUCAGGUGCAUCCUGUUUCCAUUGAUCAUCCUUGAGAUGUUUCUACAACUUGAUUGGAGUCCACCUGUGGUAAAGUCAAUUGAUUGGACAUGAUUUGGAAAGGCACACACCUGUCUACACUACCGGUCAAAAGUUUUAGAACAGCUACUCAUUCAAGGGUUUUUCUUUAUUUGUACUAUUUUCUACAUUCUAGAAUAAUAGUGAAGACAUCAAAACUAUGAAAUAACAGAUAUGGAAUCAUGUAGUAACCAAAAAAGUAUAUUUUAUAUUUGAGAUUCUUCAAAUAGCCACUCUUUGCCUUGAUGACAGCUUUGCACACUAUUGGCAUUCUCUUAACCAGCUUCAUGAGGUAGUCACCUGGAAUGCAUUUCAAUUAACAGGUGUGCCUUCUUAAAAGUUAAUUUGUGGAAUUUAUUUCCUUCUUAAUGCAUUUGAGCCAAUCAGUUGUGUUGUGACAAGGUAGCCCUAUUUGGUAAAAGACCAAGUCCAUAUUAUGCCAAGAACAGCUCAAAUAAGCAAAGACAAAUAACAGUCCAUCAUUACUUUAAGACAUGAAGGUCAGUCAAUACCGAACAUUUCAAGAACUUUGAAAAUGUCUUUAAGUGCAGUCGCAAAUGCCAUCAAGCGCUAUGAUGAAACUGGCUCUCAUGAGGACCGCCACAGGAAAGGAAGACCCAGAGUUACCUCUGCUGCAGAGGAUAAGUUCAUUAGAGUUACCAGCCUCAGAAAUUGCAGCCCAAAUAAAUGCUUCACACAGUUCAAGUAACAGACACAUCUCAACAUCAACUGUUCAGAGGAGACUGUGUGAAUCAUGCCUUUAUGGUUGAAUUGCUGCAAAGAAACCACUACUAAAGGACACCAAUAAGAAGAAGAGACUUGCUUGGGCCAAGAAACACGAGCAAUGGACAUUAGACCGGUGGAAAUUUGUCCUUUGGUCUGGAGUCCAAAUUUGAGAUUUUUGGUUCCAACCGCAUGUGUAUUUCCCACCGUAAAGCAUGGAAGAGGAGGUGUUAUUGUGUGGGGUGCUUAGCUGGUGUGGGGGUGCUUUGCUGGGGACACUGUCUGUGAUUUAUUUAGAAUUCAAGGCACACUUAACCAGCAUAGCUACCACAGCAUUCUGCAGCGAUACGCCAUCCCAUCUGGUUUGGGCUAUAAUUUGUUUUUCAUCAAGACAAUGACCCAACACUCCUCCAGCCUGUGUAAGAGCUAUUUUACCAAGAAGGAGAGUGAUGGAGUGCUGCAUCAGAUGACCCGGCCUCCACAAUCCCCCGACCUCAACCAAAUUGAGAUGGUUUGUGAUGAGUCGGAUCGGAGAUUGAAGGAAAAGCAGCCAACCAGUGCUCAUCAUAUGUGGGAACUCCUUCAAGACUGUUGGAAAUGCAUUCCAGGUGAAGUUGGUUGAGAGAAUGCCGAGAGUUUGCAAAGCUGUCAUCAAGGCAAAGGGUGGCUAUUUGAAGAAUCUCAAAUAUAAAAUAUAUUAAGAUUUGUUUAACACUGUUUUGGGUACUACAUUAUUCCACAUGUGUUAUUUCACAGUUUUGAUGUAUUCACUAUUAUUCUACAAUGUAGAAAAUAGCAAAAAUAAAGAAAAUCCCUUGAAUGAGUAGGUGUUCUAAACAUUUUGACCGGUAGUGUAUAUAAGGACCAACAGUUGACGGUGCAUGUCAGAGCGAAAACCAAGCCUUCAUGUCGAAGUAAUUGUCCGUAGAGUUCCGAGACAGGAUUGUGUCGAGGAACAGAUCAGGGGAAGGGUACAAAAACAUUUCUGCAGCAUUUAAGGUCCCCAAGAACACAGUGGCCACCAUCAUUCUUAAAUGGAAGAAGUUUGGAACCACAAAGACUCUUCCAAGAGCUGGCCGCCGGACCAAAUUGAGCAAUCGGGGGAGAAGGGCCUUGGUCAGGGAGGUGACCAAGAACCCAUAGUCACUCUGUAAGAGCUCCAGAGUUCCUUUGUGGAGAUGGGCGAACCUUCCAGAAGGACAACCAUCUCUAUAGCACUCCACCAAUCACGCCUUUAAGGUAGAGUGGCCAGACGGAAGCCACUCCUCAGUAAAAGUCACAACACAGCCCACUUGGAGUUUGCCAAUAGGCACCUAAAGGACUCUCAGACAAUGAGAAACAAGAUUCUCUGGACUGAUGAAACCAAGAUUGACCUAUUUGGCCUGAAUGCCAAGUGCCAUCUCUGGAGGAAACCAGGUACCGCUCAUCACCUGGCCGAAACCAUCCCUACGGAAAAAGCAUGGUGGUGGCAUUAUCAUGCUGUGGGGAUGUUUCUAAGCGGCAGGGACUGGGAGACUAGUCAGGAUCGAGGGAAAGAUGAACAGAUCAAAGUACAGAGAGAUCCUUGAUGAAAACCUGCUCCACAGCGCUCAGGACCUCAGACUGGAGCAAAGGUUUACCUUCCAACAGGACAACAACCCUAAGCACACAGCCAAGACAACGCAGGAGUGGCUUCGGGACAAGUCCCUGAAUGUCCUUGAGUGGCCCAGCCAGAGCCCGGACUUAAACCCGAUCUAACAUCUCUGGAGAGACCUGAAAAUAGCUGUGCAGCGACGCUCCGCAUCCAACCUGAAAGAGCUUGAGAGGAUCUGCAGAGAAGAAAAAGAGAAACUCCCCAAAUACAGGUGUGCCAAGCUUGUAGCGUCAUACCCAAGAAGACUCGAGGCUGUAAUCGCUGCCGAAGGUGCUUCAACAAAGUACUGAGUAAAAGGUCUGAAUACUUAUGUAAAUGUAAUAUUUCAGUUUUAAAAAUAUAUAUUUGCAAACAUUUCUAAAAACCUGUUUUUGCUUUGUCAUUAUGGGGUAUUGUGUGUAGAGUUUUUGAAUAAGGCUGUAACGUCACAAAAUGUGUAAAAGGUGAAGGGGUCUUUCCUCCUCAGAGCUACAGAGUCUACUGAAGCAGAAGAGCAAGCAGCUUGAAGACAACACUACACAACUGAGGGCUGUGGAUGCCAAAAAUGCACAACAGAGUAUGUUAACAAGAGUAGUUAUUAGAAGUCAUUAAACAUUUAUAAUCUUCUAAAAAGUCGAAUACCAUUAUAUGAUGUUAGUGUUGAAUUACACAGUGCCUUUUUGUUCUGUUCUUUCAGUUCUGAAGAUCAUUGAACUCCAGAAACAAAUGAAUGAGAUACGGAUUGAAGCUUCAAAAGAUGAAACUGCAGCAGAAAUCUCUGGUUUGUCUAUUUUGUCUCAUGUUCCACUUAUGUAUAAUCAUCAAAAUAUCACAGGUUGAAUAGUGUUAAAAAUGGGUUUUGAGAAAUUGUUAUGUAUAGUCAUCAUGAUGUAACGAAUAUAUGUAGCAAUAUGCUAACAUUAGUGCUUGAAUUACAGCGCUUCAGGAACAACUACAGGCCAGAGAGGAAGAGAGCGCCAGAUGUCAGGCCCAGAACAAAGGUAAGCCAAGAUCAGGUUCUUCUGAUAUUAUAUACAGCCCUCCUGUAGCUCAGUUGGUAGAGCAUGGCGCUUGCAACGCCAGGGUUGUGGGUUCAAUUCCCACGGGGGUCCAGUAUGAAAAAUGUAUGCACUCACUAACUGUAAGUCGCUCUGGAUAAGAGUGUCUGCUAAAUGACUAAAAUGUAAAAAUGUAAUAUUAGUCUGGUUCACCAGUUUGUGUAACUAGACGCUUGGUGAGCAUAGCUGCUUGAAUCACAACUACAGGUAAAGAAACAGAAGCACACAUCUCAUCAGUCUAAUAUUUCUUUCUCAAACCAGACCUGGAGAAGAGGCUGGGCGAUAAGGAUGCACAUAUCCAGGACAGAUAUGACAGUGAGCUUCACCCCUCUCUACCUUUUGCUGAUGACACUGAGUGAUCGAAAUAAUAGAACCCUAUUCAAUAGAACCUAGUUAAAAGCUGAUUUGUAUUGGUCUCUCACAGGUCUGCAAGAUAAGCUUGGUGCUGCAAUGAAUAAACUGGACAAUGUAACUGGAUACAACGACAAACUCGGUGAGUGGAUAAAUGUACAUCAGUGCUCACAGAUGAAUGAGUUGAGUAGUCUUGUUUAUUUUUCUGAUUCAGAAAACUACUCCGCUCAUUUCAAUGUGUUCUGUCAGUUCUUGAGGUAUGGACGCUGACUAAUGAGGUAGAUGAUCUAAAGAAGAGAACUGUGACUUCCGCAGCUAAGAUCAAUGGUGAGUAUCCCUGUUGCCGCUCAUUAUUCAUAGCAAAUCAUGUUUGUGGUAACAUUACAAGUAUUAUCCACAUGCGUUUCAAUGUUUUUUGCCUUUACUUGUAAACUACAAAAUAAAGGGGUACAGCCCUGUACAAACGGUAGAAAACAGGAGAGCGAAAAACCCAACUCAACAUUAGGUAGUGUCCCUUUGAAUACUGAGCCAACUCUUGGUGAUGACAUCACAGGAGGGUAAAGGUCACAGUCAACACCAAUGUCCAUAAUAACCAUGCUCCCAUGAAUAGUAAUAAUACUAUACUGCAGUUAAGUCCACCACCUAUUCAGUAAGAAUUAUUCAUAUACAGUUGAAGUUGGAAGUUUACAUACACCUUAGCCAAAUACAUUUAAACUCAGUUUUUCACAAUUCCUGACAUUUAAUCCUAGUAAAAAUUCCCUGUCUUAAGUCAGUUAGGAUCACCACUUUAUUUUACGAAUGUGAAAUGUCAGAAUAAUAGUAGAGAGUGACUUAUUUCAGCUUUUAUUUAUUUCAUCACAUUCCCAGUGGGUCAGAAGUUUACAUACACUCAAUUAGUAUUUGGUAGCAUUGCCUUUAAAUUGUUUAACUUGGGUCAAACGUUUCGGGUAGCCUUCCACAAGCUUCCCACAAUAAGUUGGGUGAAUUUUGGCACAUUCCUCCUGACAGAGCUGGUGUAACUGAGUCAGGUUUGUAGGCCUCCUUGCUCGCACACGCUUUUUCAGUUCUGCCCACAAAUUUUGUAUAGGAUUGAGGUCAGGGCUUUGUGAUGGCCACUCCAAUACCUUGACUUUGUUGUCCUUAAGCCAUUUUGCCACAACUUUGAAAGUAUGCUUGGGGUCAUUGUCAAUUUUUAAGACCUAUUUGCGACCAAGCUUUAACUUCCUGACUGAUGUCUUGACAUGUUGCUUCAAUAUAUCCACAUCAUUUUCCUUCCUCAUGAUGCCAUCUAUUUUGUGAAGUGCACCAGUCCCUCCUGCAGCAAAGCACCCCCACAGCAUGAUGCUGCCACCCCCGUGCUUCACAGUUGGGAUGGUGUUCUUCGGCUUGCAAGCAGCCCCCUUUCUCCUCCAAACAUAACGAUGGUCAUUAUGGCCAAACAGUUCUAUUUUUGUUUCAUCAGACCAGAGGACAUUUCUCCAGAAAGUACGAUCUUUGUCCCCAUGUGCAGUUGUAAGCCAUAGUCUGGCUUUUUUAUGGCGGUUUUGGAGCAGUGGCUUCUUCCUUGCUGUGCGGCCUUUCAGGUUAUGUCAAUAUAGGACUCAUUUUACUGUGGAUAUAGAUACUUUAGUACCUGUUUCCUCCAGCAUCUUCACAAGGUCCUUUGCUGUUGUUCUGGGAUUGAUUUGCAAAUUUUGCACCAAAUUACGUUCAUCUCUAGGAGACAGAACGUGUCUCCUUCCUGAGCGGUAUGACGGCUGCGUGGUCCCAUGGUGUUUAUACUUGCGUACUAUUGUUUGUACAGAUGAACGUGGCACGGUACCUUCAGGCGUUUGGAAAUUGCUCCCAAGGAUGAACCAGACUUGUGGAGGUCUACCAUUUUUUUCUGAGGUCUUGUCUGAUUUCUUUUGAUUUUCCCAUGAUGUCAAGCAAAGAGGCACAGAGUUUGAAGGUAGGCCUUGAAAUACAUCCACAGGUACACCUCCAAUUGACUCAAAUGAUGUCAAUUGGCCUAUCAGAAGCUUCUAAAGCCAUGACAUCAUUUUCUGGAAUUUUCCAAGCUGUUUAAAGGCACAGUCAACUUAGUGUAUGUAAACUUCUGACCCACUGGAGUUGUGAUACAGUGAAUUACAAGUGAAAUAAUCUGUCUGUAAACAAUUGUUGGAAAAAUUACUUGUGUCAUGCACAAAUUAGAUGUCCUAACCGGCUUGCCAAAACUAUAGUUUGUUAACAAGACAUUUGUGGAGUGGUUGAAAAACGAGUUUUAAUGACUCCAACCUAAGUGUAUAUAAACUUCCGACUUCAACUGUAGUUCCACACUAUAACACUUCUCCCCCCUUCAUUUCAAUCCCCCUGUGAAGAAAAUACAUUAAGUAUACAAGACAACAACUAAACAACAACAGUGUUUCCUCUUCUUUUUUUCACAAUACUUUAGAACUUGUACUAGUGUUACUGCAACUGUAAACAAACAAAGACCACAGAUAUUUUUCUUUCAACUACAGUCGUGGUCAAAAGUUUUGAGAAUGACACAAGUAUUGGUCUUCACAAAGUUCGCUGCUUCAGUGUUAUGAGAUAUUUUUGUCAGAUGUUACUAUGGUAUACUGAUGUAUAAUUUCAAGCAUUCCAUAAGUAUCAAAUGCUUUUAUUUACAAUUACAUUAAGUUUAUGCAAAGAGUCAAUAUUUGCAGUGUUGACCCUUCUUUUUCAAGACCUCUGCAAUCCGCCCUGGCAUGCUGUCAAUUAACUUCUGGGCCACAUCCUGACUGAUGGCAGCCCAUUCUUGCAUAAUCAAUGCUUGGAGUUUGUCAGAAUUUGUGGGUUUUUGUUUGUCCACCCGCCUCUUGAGGAUCGACCACAAGUUCUCAAUGGGAUUAAGGUCUGGGGAGUUUCCUGGCCAUGGACCCAAAAUGUUGAUGUUUUGUUCCCUGAGCCACUUAGUUAUCACUUUUGUCUUAUGGCAAGGUGCUCCAUCAUGCUGGAAAAGGCAUUGGUCGUCACCAAACUGUUCUUGGAUGGUUGGGAGAAGUUGCUCUCAGAGGAUGUGUUGGUACUAUUCUUUAUUCAUGGCUGUGUUCUUAGGCAAAAUUGUGAGUGAGCCCACUCCCUUGGCUGAGAAGCAACCCCACACAUGAAUGGUCUCAGGAUGCUUUACUGUUGGCAUGACACAGGACUGAUGGUAGCGCUCACCUUGUCUUCUCUGGACAAGGUGUUUUCCGGAUGCCCCAAACAAUCGGAAAGGGGAUUCAUCAGAGAAAAUGACUUUACCCCAGUCCUCAGUAGUCCAAUCCCUGUACCUUUUGCAGAAUAUCAGUCUGUCCCUGACGUUUUUCCUGGAAAGAAGGGGCUUCUUUGCUGCCCUUCUUGAACCAGGCCAUCCUCCAUAAGUCUUCGCCUCACUGUGCGUGCAGAUGCACUCGCACCUGCCUGCUGCCAUUCCUGAGCAAGCUCUGCACUGGUGGUGCCCCGAUCCCGCAGCUGAAUCAACUUUAGGAGACGGUCCUGACGCUUGCUGGACUUUCUUGGGCGCCCUGACGCCUUCUUCACAACAAUUGAACCUCUCUCCUUGAAGUUCUUGAUGAUCCGAUAAAUGGUUGAUUUAGGUGCAAUCUUACUAGCAGCAAUAUCCUUGCCUGUGAAGCCCUUUUUGUGCAAAGCAAUGAUGACGGCACGUGUUUCUUACUAAAUCAGCAUGACAGAGUGAUCUCCAGCCUUGUCCUCGUCAACACUCUCACCCGUGUUAACGAGAGAAUCACUGACAUGAUGUCAGCUGGUCCUUUUGUGGCAGGGCUGAAAUACAGUGGAAAUGUUUUUGGGGGAUUAAGUUAAUUUUCAUGGCAAAGAGGGACUUUGCAAUUCAUUGCAAUUCAUCUGAUCCCUCUUCAUGACAUUCUGGAGUAUAUGCAAAUUGCCAUCAUCAAAACUGAGGCAGCAGACUUAGUGAAAAUUAGUAUCUGUGUCAUUCUCAAAACUUUUGACCACGACUGUAUGUCUACUGUUCAAAAAUUAACACCAUGAGUCUCCUAGUCUCAACUAUAGAGUCAGUCUGUCAGGAGACUUGUGACUACGCUGUGAUCUGCGCAGUAUUCCUGGUGUCCCACUAGGGUCUGAGGGCAUAGGAGUGGGUCAGGUGUUUGUAAGAGACAGUCCAUCACCCUCUCCUGGAGCCACUGAAUGCCCCUGUUCCUCCGAGACUGUUCCCUGUGGUGUUUCAACUUCUGCACUACGACCCACAGCUGUUUUGCCGGAAUACAUUUAGACGCAGCCCUUCAUCAGAGAGUCUCUUUAACGCCUGGUCCAGAUUGCGGAGGUGCUCCUCCUCCGUCUCCCCUGUAACCAGGAUGUCGUCCAGGUACAUUGCUACAUGAGGGAUCCCCUGCAACAGAUUGUCCAUUGUCCUCUGGAAAAUGGCCAGACUGGACGCCAACCUGAAAACCAAGCGGUUGUAUUUGAACAAGCCUUUGUGAGUAUUGACUGUAACAUACUCUUUUGAAUCCUCGUCCAGGAGGAGCUGUUGGUAGGCGUGGCUCAUGUCCAGCUUUGAAAAUGUUGUUGAUGGUGAGUUUGUAGCCCCCGCAUAUACGCACCGUGCCGUCACUCUUCAGAACGGGAAUUAUUGGAGCUGCCCAGCAAGAGAACUGAAUGGGCGUAAUGAUGUUUGUUUCUUGCAUCCGCUCCAACUCAUCCUCCACUUUCUUUUUCAUGGCAUAUGGCACUGUCCUGGGCUUGAAAAAACAAGGCUCUGCUUGAGGAUCCACAAACAGCUUAACUGCAGUACACUGCAGCGUGCCCAAUUCAUCUCUGAAAACCUUCAGGGUACUUUUGAAUGACAUCCACAGUCACUUGUGUGUGUUUUAUCUCACCCCAGUUCAGUUGUAUUUUGUUGAGUCAGUCACGCCCUAGUAAACUAGGCCCAUUCCCUUUCACCACCAGGAGCCGUGCUCUCGCUUCCUGGCUUCCUGGCUGAAAUGUCCACCUCUAGAGCCCCCAGCAAUGGUAUGGUCUCUCCAGUGUACGUACGCAGUCUGAUCCCUGCCGAUGUGAUGGCAGGAGCCUGUUUUGAGUCCCAGGUCUUUCUGUAGGUCUCCUCACUGAUGACAGAUGCAGAGGCCCCUGUUUCAACCUCCAUCCUCAACUCUUUUCCAUCUACCUCCACUGUAGCAUAUAAUGGCUCCUCGCACUGCUCACUCACAUUAAAAAUGUUGUAGGAACAAUCCUCUUCCUCUUCUUCUGUGCUCUCUAGGUGGUGCGCUGCUGGCUGCGGCUUCUUUGAUUUGAACUUGCCCCUCCGAGUCUGCCCACCCUCUGGCUUGCUC